CCGGUGGGGGCAACAUGGAAAGCAGUCCGGCCGGAAACUGAGGCUUGUUGAGCUCGAGGUUCCGCUUGGCGAGAGGCGUCAUGGAGGAGGAGCGGACAGGCCAGCUCCGAAGCAUGCCUCAGGAUGGGUCCUCCUCCUCCAGCUGCUGCUGCUGUUGCCAACUGAUGGGGUGCCUCCCGCAGGGCCUGGCCCUGGGUCCGUCGCUGUCGGCCGAGCGAGGCGUCGGUGUGUGGUGCGUGGGGCGCCCCCUUCAUCCGGGGAUGCUGCUGCCCUUCAAGCCUGGACUGAAGGAAGAAGAAGAGCCAGAGCCGUCAUUUUCAACAGGCUGCUGGAAAGGGGCUUCUGUCUGCAGCAAGGUAUCCAGUUGGAGGAGCCUGCUGAAGCAAAGUCAAAAUGAAGAAGAAGCAAAUGUGACAUUAGUGUGGAUGGGUGAGGAGCUCCACAUCCACGUAUGCUGCCCCAUUGAUGCUGGCACUGAAUUGUUGUAUUGGUUAGGAGAGCCCCAGGCCAAUCCUAUUCGAUUAGAAGCAAAGCUACCAAUGACGGCAUCAGUUGGGGGACUUGUUACAGAGAAGAAAAAACUACAAGAACCGAUAACAGUGACCAAGACCACAGAUGUAGAAGUAGAGGUUGUGGUGCAACAAGGCAAUGCUUCCCUAAAUGGAAAUGCAGUGGAUUCUGUUGCAGGUGCUCCUGAUGCAUCCAAGGUUGUGAAGCAGAUAGCAAGAUCCCCUUGUUUUCCUAGGCUGCAUGAAAAGCUAUUGGAUACACAGCCCUUUGGGCUGGAUGACAGACAUGAGGAAAGGAAUGAAAACUGGGCCCUGCAGUGUGAGCUCAGGGAGGCCAACUCACAGAGUGAAAAGAGCCAGCUCUUUGUGAGCUGUCCCAUGGAGGAAGAGGAAGAAGGAGACACAGAGGAUGAUGUGCCAGAGUCUCUGGCUGAUCAAGUGAAUGAGACUUUGACAGAGAGAAAACUGAAUGCAGCUUCUUCAUGGUCAUUCCUGUGCAAUGUUGGUUGCCUUGAUACACAGUUAGCUGAGAAGCCUCAGGUGCUGAGAAGCCAGUCUUGCACUGAAGAAGUCACCAAUGCCGGUGGCAUAUCUGUACCCAAAGACAAGAUGAGGAAGCAGGAAAAGAAUCCCAAACUGGAAGAACAGCAUCAUUGUGAAAUGAUUGCUGUUCAACAGCUGAAGGAGACAGGCAGUGAACGACGACACCAGUGUGAAGAAUGUGGUAAAGCUUUCCUGCAGCUUUGCCACUUGAAAAAACAUCACUUUGUACACACUGAUCAUAAACCAUUUCUGUGCACAGAAUGUGGCAAGAACUAUAGCUCAGAAGAAAGCUUCAAAGCCCACGUAUUGGGCCACCGUGGGGUGCGGCCCUAUGAGUGUCCGCAGUGCCACAAGGCCUAUGGCACAAAGCGCGACCUUCAAGAACACCAGGUCCUGCACACAGGCCAGCGCCCUUUUGCCUGCCCUGAUUGUGGGAAAUCCUUUGCUCGCAGACCCUCCCUUCGCAUCCAUCGUAAAACACACCUGGCCAAAGAGCCCAGCCCUUCUGUCACAGCCAGCUGCCUGUGUGUGAUAUGUGGGCGGCAGCUGGCAAAUCCUGGCUCGCUACGCAACCAUAUGCGGCUUCACACAGGUGAGCGACCCUACUCUUGCCCCUAUUGUCCCAAGUCUUUCCGACAGCAAGGCAAUCUACGGGGGCACCUCCGUCUGCAUACAGGGGAGCGUCCUUACCAUUGUCACUUCUGUGGAGAUGCCUUCCCACAGCGCCCUGAGCUGCGCCGCCACCUGAUUUCUCACACAGGUGAGGCUCACCUAUGCACAGUGUGUGGGAAGGCACUGCGGGAUCCCCACACCUUGAGGGCUCAUGAGCGACUGCACACAGGUGAGCGGCCUUUCCGCUGCCAUCUCUGUCCCAAAUCCUAUCCUCUAGCCACAAAAUUGCGGCGCCACCAAAAAACCCACCAUGCUGACAAGCCUCACCAGUGCAAUAUUUGUGGUAUGGGGUAUGCCCUCCCCCAGAGCCUACGACGCCAUCAGCUUGAGCACAAGAGCAACCCAGGCAAAGAUCCAACCCAGUGUGACAGGAGGAGCUAUCAGGAGCCACCAGCUUUGGAGCAGGCUGCAGUGCUGGUCAUGCAAUCAGUAGAUGUGGCAGCGCCAAGGCACAAAGCUGAAUUCCUUGUCACAAGCAAUAGACACUAUGUUGCUGCACAGCAGAGCUUUGCCCAACAGAAGGAUAUCAUGGAGAUUGCACUCUCAGACUCUGAGGAGGAAUGCAUAAUUGUGCAGGAGGAGAGCUCCUCUGAGGACAUGUACAUUAUCCAGGAGGGUGUUGGUUUUAGCACAGUGACUGAGGUGACUGAAGUAGAGGUGGGAACGUGAUUGCCAAUCUUUUUAUAGAUAACA